AUGACUGCGGACAACUGCUGCCAGUCCGAAACAGCCGUCAAGACCCACUUUCCACAUGUUCCCGUCAAACUUGAUGUCUGGCACUGCAUGAUGAGAUACCUUGCUGCUGUGCAUGGCAGUGUGCAGAACCCACAAUAUCGCUCUGUAGCUGCGGAGUUCUCGUCUAGCAUCCUGGAGUCUCGUGCAGAGGGUGGCAGGCCGGCUGUGUACAGAACAAAGGACGAGCAGGAAAGGCGUCUGGUCAUGAUGUAUAGUAGGUUCGAGGAGAAGGGUGUGUGGUCAGCAGCUGCUGCGAAGGUUCACGCAGAUCAGCUGCGACAUGUGCGGAAGGGCUGUCUCACGCGCCCUCGGAAUGAUCUGCGCUCAGACGGCAGCCGGAUUGAAGGCACUCACAAGAUGUGGAAUAAGAUCAUGCAAGGCCAGCCCUCAGGUCUCGAGAUGAUCUCUGCACUCGCCUCUGACCACGUCCUUCGAUACAACAUGCGCGUUAUCAUGCAGUCCAAGGAUUUCCGCCCGUCCGCAUUCAUCACAAGCACACAUGGAUCACACCAUCUUCGGCUGCAGGAUCAUAUCGCUCAGGUUUGGAAUGCGUUGUUGGAUCAGCUGUCUGCAGAUAACAAGAAUGAGGUUGUGCUCGCACGCUUACCUGUGAUGCAGAACGUCUCUAGCGGUGAAACGUUCGGCUUGAUCCCAUCAGAGCAUGCGGCGACAUUUGGUGGAUUGUAUCUGAAGGAGGAGCCGACAGAACGACAUGAGGUGAUAGCAGCUCCUCUACAAACAUCAUCUGCCCCUGCUCUUGUCGCUUUCUCUGAGUUGUCCGUGACUGGUAUUGCCACCUCCGCUCCUGCUGCUACUUCCGGGGCUGCAACUCAGCCGCUCGCAACAAGCCGUCACCCUGCGUCUGCAGCAUCUACAGUCACGGUGACAGCCCGGCAAGCUGUUCAAGGUCAUCUGUCGGCCAGUAAACUCUCUGAUCCACUUCCUCUGCCUGCCGAUCUCAAUUCCCAAGGACUCACCCGCUCACAGCGCAUUUUUGCCAUCUCAAGCGGGAUGGACCCGCGGUCACUACAUAUUGACAGCGACGAGGAGUUCUACCUGUUCAUGGACCUGCGCGCAGAACAACAGUGGAGGUCAUUCGCCAUGAACUCACACAAGUAUGUGGAAGCGACGCACCUCUUCAACGCUACACUGGCCACACGCGCACGAGAAAAAGGCUUUCCCUAUGUGGCAAAAAAUCCGCGUGCAAUUCUGGACAAGCUCGGUGAGAUGGAGACGGCUGUUCUGAAGCGGAUCAAGCACCAAAGCUUCACAUGUACGUACGCGUACCAUCACUUUGAAACUUAG